AUGUUACGCACGGUGACGCUCAUACAUCCAGACAGGCGCACUGAGGAGCGUCCCGGAAUUAACGGAGAGAAGAGCGAUAACGGAUCCGCGGAAUCUAACCGAAUCCCCCGGUAAACAGCGCGGCUUCACGCCGGGCUGCAGCAGCUGAGAGCCGGCAGAGGGAGCGAGGAAAGGACCGGAGGAAGAACCGGAGGAAGAGGAGGACUGGUCUCCUGCUGAGUCCGUCUGCACAGAUGUGGGGUGUCUCCAUCCAUGGCCUCCUCCAGGUGACCUCCAGUGACCUCAGUCACUCCUGACUGCAGCUUUAAACUCCUGAUCCACCAGAAGACGUCUGCAGGGAUCUCUCCCCUCUCCCUCCCUCUCAUCCUCUUGUUAGCGCUGCUGAAUUAUUUAUCGUCAGACGGUGGGCUCGGCUGCUGAGCCAAGAGGAGAUGGAGAGCUAGGAGCGAGGCAAAAGAUGGAGAGAGAGAAGGGAAGUAUGGAGGUGUCCGACGCUGCAGGAAGCCGUGAGUCAGCAGGGAGAGAAAGACCCGGUGGGAGGGAAGCUGGAGAGAGUUCAUAGAUAGCUUUAGGUGAUACGACGAGAGAGAGAGAGAGAGAGAGAGAGAGAGAGAGAGGCGUCAAAUGCCUCCCGGUGCGCUGGUGAACGUGCGUGUGCAUGCGCCUAUCGAUUUGAGCAGAGGAAGGUCAUGGAGCAGAGAGGAGAUUAGCAAACUAGACUCGGAGCUAACGCCUCCUCUGAAUAGCAGCUAGACAGAAAAAGAGGAGCCAAAUAAAGAGAGAGAGAGAGAGGAGGCGAAGGACGAGAGGAGCUUCUCCAGCAUGGGGGAGAGCUAUAUGUACCAGCGACUCCCCUACACCAGAGGAGAGGCGGAGGGGGAGGAUGAGGACGAAGAGGAGACAGACGGGAGGAUCAGAGAGAGUGGCGGGGGACAAAUGAUGCAGUGCGAGGAGGGGACCGAGUGGCUGCUGGAGCUGCUGACAGAUGUGCAGCUGCAGCAGUACCUCCUGCGGAUCCGCGACGAGCUCAACGUCACGCGACUCUCCCACUUCGACUACGUCAAGAAUGAAGACCUGGAGAAGAUCGGCAUGGGACGCCCGGGUCAGAGGAGGCUUUGGGAGGCAGUCAAGAGGAGAAGAGCCCUUUAUAAACGCAAGUCCUGGAUGAGCAAGGUGUUUCCGGUUAAACGCCCCGACGCCGACCCCCAGCAGCCCGUCCCUCAGGGGGCGUCGUCCGGCGCGGCACCGGCCAACAGCGAGCCGGCAGCCUCGCUCACCUGCCUGAUCAGAGAGUCGGAGCUGCAGCUGUUUGAGCGGCUGGGAGACGGCACAUUUGGGGUGGUGCGGAGAGGAGAGUGGACCGGACCCAACGGCAGAGUGUUGUCGGUGGCGGUGAAGUGUCUGAAGGCCAGUGUGUUGGACUCUGACGGUCUGGACGAUUUCAUCAGAGAGGUGAACGCCAUGCAUUCGCUGAGCCACCAGAACCUCAUCCGGCUGUACGGCAUCGUCCUCACACAGCCCAUGAAGAUGGUGGUUGAGCUGGCCCCUCUGGGUUCUCUGUUGGAUCGUCUGAGAAAGCGUCAGGGUCACAUCCUCAUCUCCUCUCUGUGUAACUACGCCGUGCAGGUGGCGUGCGGCAUGGCCUACCUGGAGCAGAGGCGUUUCCUCCACAGGGACCUUGCCGCCCGCAACGUUCUGCUGUCCACCAAUGAAACGGUGAAGAUCGGAGACUUUGGCCUGAUGAGAGCGCUGCCAACACACACUGACCAAUACAUCAUGGAGGAGGGCCACAAGAUCCCUUUCCCGUGGUGUGCUCCGGAGUCUCUGAAGUCCCGUACUUUCUCUCACUCGUCUGAUACCUGGAUGUUCGGGGUCACUCUAUGGGAGAUGUUCACCCACGGACAGGAGCCGUGGCUGGGCCUUAAUGGGAGCCAGAUCCUCCACAAGGUGGACGUGGACGCCGAGAGGCUGACGAAACCAGACGACUGUCCUCAGGAUAUUUACAACGUCAUGCUGCAGUGCUGGAGCCCCAAACCUGAGGACAGGCCGACCUUCAUCGCCCUCAGAGACUUCCUGCUGGAGAUCAUGCCGACGGAUAUGAAAGCUCUGCAGGACUUUGAGGAGGACGACAAACUCCAGAUUAAAAUGAACGAUGUCAUCACCAUCAUAGAGGGAAGGGCAGAGCACUUCUGGUGGCGAGGUCAGAACAAGGGGACGCUGCGUGUCGGUCAGUUUCCGCGUCACGUGGUGACGUCAGUUGCCGGCCUUUCCGCCCACGACAUCAGCCAACCGCUCAAACACUCCUUCAUCCACACCGGACACGGAGACACGGACCCUCACAGGAGCUGGGGACAUGCAGAUCGCAUCGACAGUCUGUACUUGGGGAACCCCAUGGACCCUCCUGACAUCCUUGGGAUGGACUCGGGCAUCCCGAGGCCGACCAAACUCCCCAACCGCUCCAAGAAGCAACCUCCUCCUCGUCCUCCUCAACCUGCCGUCCUGCUGAAGAAGCCGUUCUACGACUGCGUGAUGGACGAUUACGACGACGACGCUGACGACACCAGCACCUCGUCGGGGCUGAAGAGGCUGGGAGUGUCCCUGGGGCUGAAGCUCCGACCGUGGGAGGGGUCCAGCGGCGUGCGCUCGGCCAAGAGCGAGGUGUCGCUCAUCGACUUCACCGAUGACAGCUUCAGCUCCACCACGCCCUCGCCGCUCACUGAGACGCGGCAGCCGGAUGACGACACACUGAAGGACACUCCGUCCAUCCUGGACUGGCCUCUCCCUCAGCCGGCGUACGACGAGGUUACUACGGAGCUCGAGGACCAAUCGGAGGACCAGGAGGUGCGGUCUAUCAACAAGGGAUUCACUGAGGAGACCGCGGUCACGCCCGGCGCCAAUAUGGCGUGCAGGAGCGAGUCGCAGUCGGCUGACCUCUUCCAAGAACUACAGAGAGAGGUGAUGGUGAAGCUGCAGGUUCCCAUGGCAACGGGCCGCUCCCUCCCCUCCUCCCCCCUCCCCAUACCCCUGGCUCCGUUGGGCCCCCACCGACAGAUCUACCUGCCUCCUCCCUCCCCCACCUCCACCUCGUCCUUCUCCUGCUGCUUCGAGGACCGGCCCGUGCUGCCUCCUCGCAGCCCCGUCCCCCCGAUGCGUCCCUCCAAGCGCAACAUCACCGCCCGCACCUCCCACCCGCCGGCGCGCUCCAGCUCCAUCUCCCUGGGCGACGACGUAGACACGCCCCCUCAGAUCCCACCCAGAGACCACGCCUACUCUCAGCCAGGCUCCCGCUCCUCCUCUCCCCUCCCGCUGGUGCCGCCGAUGUCCUCCUACCCCAUUGUCCUGCCUCCUCCUCCCCUCUCCGUCUCCCCACGCCGCUCGUCCGGACUCCUGGGUCCGCUUCUGUCCUCCAACGCGUCUUCCCCCCAGCCUCAAGCCACAUCACAUUCCUCACGGCCCGUAGCUCGUGGUUCCUCCUACUCAUCCAGCUCCUUACUGGAUCCUCUUGCCUUUCGUGAGGGGCGUGGCCUAUCCUCGCUGAUUGACAGCUCCCAGAACUCUACUCCCGCCCCGUUGCCGGAGCGACCAGCUUUUCUGGAAAGAUAUGGAGCAGCCAAUAUGGCGGCAGUCAAACCCAUGAUUCAGCAUCCCGGCGGCGCCAAACCAAACUCCUCCUACAACAACAACAAUGGGCGAACUGCAGCUCCCAGCAUGCAACAGGAGCAGAGCGUUGCACAGGUCCAAGGAGCGGUGCACGGUGUCACGCUGGAGGAGUGUCUGGCAGCUCUGCAGAGUCACAACUGGAGCGUCCCUGAGGCCGUAAAUCACCUGAAGACGGAGCAGUUGUUUCGUCUGGGUCUACGGUCGAGAGCCGAGUGUGAGGAGCUUCUGCAGCGCUGCCAGCUGAACCUGGAACAGGCCAGCAAGCUCAUGCUGGACACAUACGGACCACAUCGAAACAGGAAGUGACCUCAAGAGGACAAACUUAGCGGUAAUCGAGCGCUUACGAGUUCCUGAUGUUAUUCGGAUCAUCGCGCCGACACUGACCUGCCUGGAUGACUCACCGCUCCGAGCGCUCGAGACGAUGCUUUUUAAUGAACGGAGGAACAUGAAGCAGUAGACUGUACUGUGAAUACCUGCUGUUACCUGCUGUGUCAUACACACACACGCAUGCUCAUCAUUAGCUAACAGGGCAGCUUGUUGAAUGACUCACAUUUACUUGAACAUUUAUGUUUUUUUAUUAUUAUUAUUAUUAUUAUUACCUGAAUAAUGAGAAGUUUCUGCUGAUAGCUACGGCGUGUGUGUCUGCUGUGAAUGCGUGCAUGUCCAGGUGUGUGUGCACAUAAGCUUACAUUUAUGUUUAAACACUGUAAAUGCCCACGCCUUUCUGCUGUUAAUGAAUAUCAAAUCAGGGAAAUGUCAGCUAGCGAUAUGGUUGUAUGUUUUUAUGAUAAGAUGCUGUAUUGUUUCGCACUUUACUGAGUGUGUCGACACACGAGCGGAUAUUUUUGAGGACACAUUAACUGCUGGUCAGAAUAAGAUUUAUCUAGUUGGCGAAGUGAUAAGAUACUGAUAUGGACUGAAAGCAUAUCAGGUAUUAUUAAUGUACCAUUUGUUGUUGUAAACAUAAGCUUUGUAGGCUUUAUAAAGACGUGAAUUUGUAGGCAAUAAGAUGCCAAAACAAAAAAUGUGAAGAUAUCUACCAUCUCCUUAUGAACACAGGGUGUUAGGCACAGUUGGACCUCCACAAGUUAGAUAUUUAAUUAACCUAAAAUUGAUGUUUAGUAUUUCUUCCUAUGAGAAUUACUGCUGCAUGAUAAUCAUAAACACAUGCUGAAGUGCUUAAUUCACCUGAAUAAGUAGGCUAUGUGUGCACGUGUGCUUAGCGCUGCAGGUAGUGAUAGCAGCCGACGUCCAACUUCUUAGUGUGUGUGUUUGUCCGCGCAGAUGUUGAUCAUGAAUGUGAUCAGUUACUAAUUAUAAGCAGCUAAACAGAGGUGGGAAUGGAUAACUAAUCGUUCAUUCUUGCAGCUACUUUGCAUGUAAGAGAGCAUCAGUUACAGGUCACUCUCUUAUUCGAGAUACAACUUAGACAAUAAGAUUAGAAAAGUCAAACACUUCAUCUCUGUGUGCCAGCAACCCGUUUUCAUCCCAGCUCGUCACUUACUGACGCUUUGUCAGGACCCGUUGGUGUCACUUUCUAAUGCACUGGGUAGCCCAGUGCAUCAAACUAUGAAGCACAACUGUAGUCGCAGUGAACAUAGUUAAGAUGACAUAAAAAAGAUGGUUGAAAGAUGAUGGUUUGGGUUAAAAAUACUACGUUUGUUAAGUGAAACUCCAAGACAAACAACACAUUGUUGGUCUUGCCCCGCGGCAAUUUGUGAAAUAAUCAUGAAGUUUAAUCUGUUUGAUUUGUGUACAUAGACAUGAAUUUCCACUUUUUUUUCGUGACGCUCAGCACGACUUUUAGUGACGUAUUUUCAUUGCAUUUUCCUAUGAAUGUCCAGCAACACAUGUCAAUUUCCGCUCCAGUCUUUUCAAAAUAAAACUAUUUAGUUAGGCUUAGGAAAAGAUCAACUUGGUUAGGUAUAGGAAAAGGUCAGGGUUUGGGU